AUGAAAGAAAUCAUGAUCUGGCAGCCACUAAAUCUGUCCGAAGCUUGUCCUCCCAACGCACCGGUCAGUGCUUGCUCUCAUUUCGGAUACGUAUAUCUCAGCCUCCUGGUCCAUCUAUACGGAGGUUCCAAAGACGAGAGCAUUCAGAGAAAAUGUCAAGAGCAAAGAGAUGAGGAGAAACCGAAGGAAUACGACUUUAUAGUGGUAGGUGCCGGAGCGGCGGGUUGUGUGGUGACCAAUCGACUAACGGAAAACCCUGAGUGGAAGGUACUUCUUCUAGAAGCAGGUGGUGAGCAACCAGAUGUGACCAUCCCGCCGGGUCUGUCUACUGCGUUACUAGGGUCCAGCAUAGACUGGCGAUAUACUACUGAACCUAAUGGGAAAAGUUGCCUUGCCCAUCCCGGGGGAAGAUGUCCUUGGCCUAGAGGUAAAAUGAUGGGCGGCUCAAGUUCUAUCAACUCAUUAGCUUACAUCAGGGGAAAUAGAGUGGACUACGAUGGCUGGGCGGCGAUGGGCAACCCGGGGUGGAGCUACGAGGAUGUUCUACCAUUUUUCAAAAAAUCAGAAUAUAAUUUAAACAUAGAGGGUUUGGAUUCGGAAUACCAUGGGGUUAGUGGCGAACAAUAUGUUUCGAGAUAUCCCUACAUAGACAAACCUGCUCUCAUGUUGACUGAUGCUUUCAAUCAAGGGGGGCUCCCGCUAACUGACUACAACGGGCGACACCAAGAGGGCACCAUGCAAGCGCAGGCCUUCUCCAAGAAUGGCGAAAGAGUUUCAACUAAUACAGCUUUCAUAGAACCUAUAAGGUGCAAAAGAAAAAAUCUCGUCGUCGAAGUUAACGCUGAAGCAACAAAAAUUUUAUUUGACGAACACAAAAAAGCAAAAGGAAUAGUUUAUAUAAAAGAUAAUAAAAAGCACACAGUUUACGCAAAAAAAGAAGUGAUCAUCAGUGGUGGAACGAUAAAUUCACCAAAAUUGUUAAUGUUGUCAGGCGUCGGGCCAAAGAAACACCUCGAGGACUUGGGUAUUCCUGUAAUAAAGGAUUUAGCAGUUGGAGAAAAUUUGCACGACCACGUCACAUUCAACGGUGUUAUUGUGGCUUUAUCAAACAAAACGGCAACAACGGUUACUGAAGAUGAAGUAUUGGAAGCUGUGAAAGAUUACGAUAAAAUGAAAAUUAAAAGAGGACCGCUAUCUGGGAAUGGGCCAGUCAAUUCAGUAUCGUUUUUGAAAACUGAGCCUUAUUUAAUCGCUCCUGAUAUACAAUAUCAAGUCAACGACGCAACAAGUUGGAGAUCAUAUGUUUUGGAUCCGAUAACAGCUGAAACAGUUUCUAUUCUACCGACCGCAUUUUAUGAUGGAGUAAUACCUAGAACAAUGAAUCUUGUGCCCAAAAGUAGAGGAGUACUUCUAUUGAACUCAUCUAACCCAGAUGGGGCACCAUUAAUUUAUCCAAACUACUUCGGUGAUGACAGAGAUUUCAUACCACUAUUAAAGGGUAUAAAGUUUUUAUUGUCACUAGAGAAUACAGAAGCUUUUAAAUCGAACGGAGCAUAUUUUGUAAGAGAUAAGCUUCCAGCGUGCAAGCAUUACGAGUGGGGCACAGAAGAGUACUACAUAUGUUUGGCCAAAGCCUAUACUUCCUCUCCAUACCAUCCAGUGGGAACUUGCAAAAUGGGUCCAAAGAGUGACAAGAAGGCUGUUGUGGACAACGAGCUCCGGGUGUACGGCGUCGAAGGUCUGAGAGUGAUCGAUGCGUCGAUAAUGCCGGUGGUUGUGAGAGGGAACACCAAUGCCCCAUCUAUCAUGAUAGGGGAGAGAGGGGUCGACUUCGUUAUCAAGCAUUGGACACAUACUGACCAGUACCACUAUCAUACC